AUGGAUGCAUACUUAUGUCAUUUAAAAUUAACUAAUUAUGGUCUUGGUCGUCAUUGUCGUUUACCUGAACAAACAUUAACACAUGAAGUUGUAACACUUUGGUAUCGCCCAUCUGAAAUAUUACUUAAUGAACCAACUUAUGAAUGUGCAUCGACUACAACUAUUUGGACAUAUUAUCCUUGUUCAUUUAUUAUUUCAUCAUCAUCAUUCUAUUGUCAACAAGCAUCAAUUAGUUCAUCAAUUGAUCAAUGUAUAGACAAAGAAAUAACAUUUUUCUGGCAUUUUCCAUCUGGUAAUAUGACAAUAACAUUGAAAUCCGAUAGAAAUCAACCAUUUCUAUUACAUUUAUUUAAAAUGUCAUCAUUAAAAAAAAAAUUAAUUAAAAAUAUUUAUCAUCUAGUAAAUAAUAAAACGAUGGAAGAACAAAAACUUAAUAUUGAUGAUAAUGAAGUAAUUAUAAUUCAUUCAAAUGAAUAUAAUCAAUGUUCAAUUAAAUUUGAAACAUCAAAUCGAAUUAUUUUUGAUUAUGGAGCAUUAAUACGAAUGACGAUUUGGACUUAUGACAAUAAUAUUAAUUAG